CUCUGUCGCUGCAGCGUGAGAAACAGCCUUGAGACACGGCCCGUUGCGGAACAACACACAGGACACAAACUCACUUUCUCUGAUUCUGGGCGUAUAUUUGAGAGAAAGUAAUCUGUUUUCCGUCCAUCUUUAUUAUUUUGAAUGAAAAAUAAAACGUUUAUUUGCGCGGUAUAUAAAGCUGGUAAUAAUAGAGCAUUGCGGUGGGGUUAAAAAGGCAGGCGACAGGCGCUUCACUGAGUGAUUUGUUCCUUGGCUCAGGCGUUAUAUAUGGAGAGAGGGAGUGCACAUUUCAGAGAUCGCUUUCUGAUAGCGAGUGUGGAUUGAAUGGAACUGCGGAAUUGAGACGGAAGGCAUUAUUCUUGAUUGUAGAUGAAGAAUGAUACACAAAUCCAACGGGAAAAAUACCACUAAUUUUUAAAAUCUCUAAUUGAAAGGGGUUUAUUUAUAACGCAUGUGGAUGACAUAGCCUACCUAAAUGGUGCAUUAGUAUACAUAUCAACUUGCCACGCAAUUGGUUAAAUUGUCUAGUCUUAGUCUUACAGUUUAUUGCAACAUCGAAAGAAAUUGGAUAAUUAAUCUUGGCACGAUUCAAAUAAAUCAAAUGUAUUAGGUCAAAUAAUGGGAAUUUAGCACCACUCUAACCAGUCUUAGUACUUUACACGAUUAGGCAUUUAUUUUUCCUCUAUUGGAAACUAAUUUAAAUAUUUGGAAUUUUGAAGAAAUGGCAAUCAACACAGACACUGAAUUCGAGAAAUCUAACCUGGGAAAGAGCGGCGGCGCGCCCGCCAACGAGUCUCAGGAGACCGAGAAACUUCUCAACCUCGUAACCAAGGAGCCUGCUGGCGGCAACGGUAUGAAAAUGUCCUCCUCCUUUACCAUCAACGUGGGGAGCGAAAAUAACCUGGAUGCGGACCAGAACGGUCACAGUGUACCCUUUAGGUCGGGCUCUGCGGGGCACCUGACCGCUGCCCCCCCCUCCCCGUCCCGGGUCAGUUUGAGUCGCAGUCGCACCUCUUCCAUCGGGAACGCCGCGGUCCAAGAGGCGCAAAAGCCCAAGGACUAUCUCAUACUGGUCAUAUUGUCCUGUUUCUGCCCUUUCUGGCCCGUCAGCAUUGUUGCUUUGGCAUAUUCAAUUAUGUCCAGAAACAGCCUGCAGUCGGGAGACAUGGACGGAGCUAAGAGACUGGGUAAACUGGCUCGCCUCCUCAGUGUCGUUUCCAUAAUCCUGGGUAUACUCACCAUAGUCGUCUGUGUAACGGUCUCUGUAACCAAGUGACCAGUGUAUAGACCAUGAAACAAGAGCACUGCUGCAAGCCAAGCAGAGGAUGCUGCAUGGGAAAAAAAUCAAUUCCGUUAAUUCGGAGAUUAAAAAUAAGGCAAACAAUUAAGAAGUUUAAAGAGUAGGAAAUACAGUAGCAAAUGAAUGCAACACAAAAGAUCCAGAUAUGCAUGCAUUAGAUUCCACUAACAUUUGCUUGAUGAAGAAAAAUAAAAUCCUUCAUAUAAAAAGUGUAUUUUAAAAGAACAUGGGACGGUUGACUUAUGGUUUGAGGAACUCGCUACUCUCAUUAGACUCUCUGUGGAGUAAAAAAAAUACUCUUAAAAUUAAGGAGAGAGGGAUGAACAGAGGAAUGAAGUGAUAAACUUUUCUGAAUCAAGAAUGGAAGGAGACCUUGAAAAUGAACUCCAAGCUUUGGACUACAAACAUCAAGACAGUUGAAUAAUAAUCUGAAAAUAUACUUGGUUAACCUGACCUCCUGGAUUGAGAGCAUAUACAACUAUACAGAUAUAUAAAUAUAUAUAGAUGAAUAUAUCCAUUUACAUUUGAUAAAAGUUGUGUAUGUUGCGCUGAGUUGCGAUGAUUGAGACUGUUAAGUUAAGAUGGCUGCCUGACCGGCAGUGGCUGUCGCCUGGUAUAGGUUGCCGAAGAAUGUAAUAUUUGACCAAGGUACACAAUUCAGAGAUGUUUUUGAAUUUGUUGUUUAUUUUGUAGAUUUUUACAAAAAAAAAAAAAAGAGACCACUUGACUAUAGAUAGCCAACCUGUUUCAUUUUGUUUGUGAAUUCAUAUUUGUUUGUCUUGUGUUUUUACUUUGGGAUCAAACAUGCCAGGUGCUUAGAGACUUGAGAGUGAGUUGUACAAAAUUGAGUGUUUCAGCCCCGUGUGGGUUGAAACAGAAUUACCCCCCCCUUUCCCCUGCUUUGCUGUGGGAGGGGUCUGACUAUAUCAAUGUGCAUGCCUAUCCUCCCCAUCCCUCCAACCCUUCUCCAAACAUCCAUGCCAGAGCGUGGGCAUAAGUCUGAGGAUAUGAAAUUUGUCAGAACAAUCAAUCACUCUCCACUGACCCCCUAGCACCCCCUCCAAAAUACAACCCACCCUACUCCAGUACCUUGUCUCAUUACCUGGGACUGUUAACAUAGCUUAUUUGACUGAAUGCAUUUUGUAGUACUACAGAGACCAACAUAAAUCCUUAACCUAUUGCCACCCUGCUGUAUCAGUAUGACAUGUAUUUAUAUGAAGAAUAUAUAUAUAAAUAUAUAUAUAUGCAAUAUUAUAUAGGCAUGCUUAGGACUAAACAGUACCCAGGUUUUUGGAUGCCACUGUAAGGACCUGCUGUAAUGUUAAAGGAACAUUGUUUUGAGGUUUGAUUGAUUAGCAGCAGUUCUCUCUGUACAUGUACUGUAACACACCAAUCUGUCUGUAUUCAGAUGUGCCACUAUGCCAUCUGGAAUAAGUCCGUGUUCAGAUUCAACUACGGUAACACAACAAAGGACUGUUACAUUGACACACUUCAGAUGUUUACUACAAGGUCAUGACACCUCUUAUAAAACCUUCAUAACACCCUUGUUUGGACUUAUAUUCAUGUUUUUAUUACUACUCAUAACAUUCUCCUGAACUCCAAUUAGAUUUCAAUACUUUAAGUUGGCCAAUGGUUCUUGAUUCCACUGAUUGUAUUAUCAAGAGCUUAUGUAGGUGUUAGCUGCACAAAUGAGACCAAAGAGAGAAUUAUAUGAUAAUGAUUUGAUUGCAUUUAUUUGGCCUGAAUUUAAAAUCUUCAAAGAGAUCUAAAAUGAUUGAUAAAGAACCUGUAAUUGGUGAAAUAGGUCAUCAUAACAUUUGAGAUCUCCUUUAGAGGAAUCAAACAAUGAACACCUAUUGGUUCAUUCCUUGCUGACCCCC